GCAGGGCAGUUGCCGGAGGAGGAGGGGCAGCAGGCAGCGUGUGUAAGGUAGCGAGGUGCAGUCGCCCGGCAGAGACCCCCCACAGCCGUGAAGCAUGAAGGUGGCAGCAGCAGAGGAGCCCCAGCCCAAGAAGCAGAAGCUGGAGGAGCCUGGGCCCAGCGAGAACACCCUCUUUGGGAUGGGGAACCCGCUCCUGGACAUCUGCGCCGUGGUGGACAAGGACUUCCUGGAUAAGUACGGCUUGAAGGCGAACGACCAGAUCCUGGCGGAGGACAAGCACAAAGAGCUAUUCGAGGAGCUCGUGAAAAAGUUCAAGGUGGAUUAUCACGCUGGCGGAUCCACGCAAAACUCCGUCAAAGUGGCCCAGUGGAUGAUCCAGAAGCCGCACAAAGUCGCCACGUUUUUCGGCUGCAUCGGCAAAGACAAGUUCGGCGAGAUCUUGAAGAAGAAGGCAGAGGAGGCGCGCGUGGACGCUCAUUACUACGAGCAGAGCGAGCAGCCGACGGGAACAUGCGCCGCCUGCAUUACCGGGGAUAACAGGUCUCUGGUGGCGAAUCUGGCGGCGGCCAACUGCUACGAUAAAACCAAACACCUGGACCUGAAGGAGAACUGGCAGCUGGUGGAGAAAGCCAAAGUCUAUUACAUCGCGGGCUUCUUCCUGACGGUGUCGCCGGAGUCCAUCAUGAAAGUCGGAACUCAGGCCUCGGAAAGCAACAAGAUCUUCUGCAUGAACCUCUCGGCCCCGUUCAUCAGCCAGUUCUACAAGGAGCCUCUGAUGAAAGCCAUGCCGUACGUGGACAUCUUGUUUGGGAACGAAACGGAAGCGGCGGCCUUCGCCCGGGAACAAGGGUUUGAGACCGAUGACAUCAGCGAGAUUGCGCGGAGGACGCAGGCUCUGCCAAAGGUCAACUCCAGUAGGCCGCGGGUUGUCGUGUUUACCCAGGGCAGCGAAGACACCAUCAUGGCCACAGCCGACGAAGUCAGGUCCUUCCCUGUAUUGGAGAUCGACCAGUCCAAGAUCGUGGACACCAACGGAGCGGGAGACGCGUUUGUGGGAGGCUUCCUGUCUCAGCUGGUCUCGGAGAAGCCUUUAGAAGAAUGCGUCCGAGCCGGUCAUUACUCGGCCAACGUGGUCAUCCGACGGGCCGGCUGCACCCUCCCUGAGAAACCAGACUUCAAGUAAUAACGUCGGGAGACGGAGCGGAGGACGUCCCGGGAGCUCCUUCAGACAUCUUCUCGCCUUCCCCUGCCAACCACUUCCCAUCUCCAACGUGCAUAUUAAAGGACCCUCUUCCUGCCCCCCCCACACAUAGUGCGUGGGGGGGGGGGCCCUCUCGCUACCUCUGCUCCAGCGGCAUCUGCUCAGUAUUUGGGAGGACGGCUUCCCUCCAGCCAUCGGCAAGGGUAGCGUGGCCCUCAGGAGUUGGGUUACCAGCAGAAGACCUGCCCUCCCGCAGCGCUCGACGAGAGAAGCAUUCCCAACACCAAAGGGGGCAAAGAGGCCCGGACCACCUCCAUAGUCUGGGGUUAUGAUGUCACUCAUGGGUCCACGUUAUUGCCCUUCUACUGGGUGGAGGUCCAACUCUGCACCACAAAUGAGGCUCGGGGUUGGUGAGGACAUAAUAUCAUUCUCCUGCUGGGCACUAAACUUCUGAAUUACCCCCCCAGACAGUCCUCAGCUGUCUGACCCCCCCCCCCCCGUGAGCUUCAU